AAAAACUCGAACUGCGUCGUCUCUUGAUGACGUAGAAGAAGAGCGACCGACACACACAUGCUAGCAGUGUUUUUCACAUAAUGGCAACAGUACAAGUUAGCGAGGCUGAAAAGGUGUAUAUCCUUCAUGGUAUACGGGAUGACUUGCGAGUGGACGGAAGAGGCUGUGAGGACUACAGACACAUGGAAAUAGAGACUGAUGUGGUGUCUAACACAGACGGAUCAGCCAAAGUCACACUGGGGGACACGGCGGUUCUAGUCGGGGUUAAAGCUGACAUUGGAAAACCGAGGCCCAAGGUGCCAAAUGAAGGCUACGUGGAGUUCUUUGUUGACUGCUCAGCCAAUGCAACCCCUGAGUUUGAGGGCAGAGGAGGCGAGGAGCUAGGCACGGAGCUGAGUAACACACUCUACAAAGUCUUCAACAACAAACACAGUGUGGACCUGAAGAGCCUGUGUAUCAGCGCAGGAGAGCACUGCUGGGUCCUUUACGUGGACGUACUGCUUUUGCAGUGUGAUGGAAACCUUUACGAUGCCAUCUCAGUAGCCAUCAAGGCUGCUCUCUUCAACACAAAAAUUCCCAGAGUGCACAUAUCGGCCGACGAGGAAGGAGGGAAGGAAAUUGAGCUGUCAGACGACCCUUAUGAUUGCGUGAGACUCAAUGUAGAAAACGUUCCUUGCAUCGUGACGUUGUGCAAGGUGGGCCACAGGCAUGUGGUGGAUGCGACUCUGCAGGAGAAGGCCUGCUCUGUGGCCAGCCUGAUAAUAUCUGUCACACACAAGGGCACGAUCACCUGCACCAGGAAGGUGGGCGGAGGCAGCCUGGAUCCGGAGAGCAUCUUUGAAAUGACAGAGGCAGGUAAACGUGUCGGGAAGGCCCUCCAUGCUCCGCUCAUGAAGCUGCUGCAGCAGGAGGAGAGUUUGGGGAAAGCACGACAGAAAGUUGGCUUCCUUGGUUAACAUCAUUUACAUUUUAUGUACAUGUAUUUAGAUUUUUCUAAUAAAAAUUCAUUUCUACUGCC